AAAUAACUAUAUUUUUUAUUCUUUUACUUGUUUCAGUCAUUUUGACUGCGGCCAUGCUGGAGCACUAAAUACUAUAUCUGAUAGUUAACAUCAUCAGAUAUCAAUUACAUAACAACAUUUUUCAGGUGCGAGGGGCCGCUAGUGGUUGAGUUAAGAGGAUAAACUCCCAGAAACGUUGGUAAAAGAGAUAAAAAAAAUAAACAGCUACCAUAGUAAACCAGUUUUAUUCCCGCGGGUUUGCCACCGUCUUCCCCACUCGACAGACCACGUUUUCUCCCACCUCCUUCGUCACAAUACUUUUUUUUUUUAUCUUUGAUAUAUAAAAAGAACAAAGAAAAAAAAAAGAGUGUGUUUAUCUAAGGGAAAUCACUCUCAUAGUCAUCCAGUGGAAACGAGAUAAUUCCCGAGAAACUGACGGUGGAAAAGCAAUUUCCAAACAUGAAUCGAAAAGAUGGAAGCGAACUGGUUAUUGGUGAUCGUAUCGAAUGUGAAAAUUAUUUUGGGACGAUAAAAUUUAUAGGACAAGUUGAAGCAAUGGAAGGUAUUUGGUUUGGUAUUGAUUGGGAUGAAAUUCAUCGGGGAAAACAUGACGGUAGCUAUAAAGGUAAGCGUUAUUUUCAAGCAGGCCAUCCUAAAUCUGGUUCGUUUAUUAAACCAAUAAAGGCUAAAUUGGGACAAUCUUUCUCUGAUGCUUAUGUCUGUAAACUUGGCGAUAUCAUAGAUGUGCGUUCAACAAUUCUGAUUCUCGAUAAUUAUGCAAUUUAUGGUCUUGGUUCCCAGGAAGUGACCAGUCAGUUUUCGGCGAUUGCCUCAAAAAUAACAGAACUAGAUCUUUCAGGUAAUUUGUUGAAGAACUGGACUCAAGUUGCGGAAAUUAGUAGCUUAAUUCCUAAUCUGUUAAAGUUAAAUGUAAGUAAUAACCGUUUAAUAAUUUCUGAACACGCAGAAAUUUUGUCAAAAUCUUUUGCCAAUGUAGAGGAUCUGGUUUUAAAUCGAAUGACCUACGACUGGGACGACAUUUUAUCUGCUACGUCGAUGUUUCCGUCCCUUCGAGGUUUGUACGUGUGUUUUAAUAAUUUGGAAAAAUUGAAUGAUCCCACGGGGAAAUUGACGAAACUGAAAUUUCUCUCAUUAACAGACAAUCGCUUAAGUGACUGGAAUGAACUUUUAAAACUUGGUCAGCUUCCACAAUUGAGCACACUUUAUGUGAAUAACAAUCAACUGACAGCUGUCUCUUUUAAUGACGUAUCUUUGGAAGACGGCGAGAAAACCACAUAUUUUCGUUCUCUUAAGCGUUUAGAUUUAAGCAGCAACCUCAUCGAUAACCUGUCAUCAAUCGAUGAGCUUAGUAAAUUAAUCAACCUUACCGAGUUUUCUUUCCUUCAUAAUCCAGCAGCAGAUAUAGAUGAGGACAAACUAUUUAAUCUAAUAAUUGCCAAAAUUGGCAGUUUAAAAAAAUAUGCCAAAACUAUUAUCCAUGAUGAAGUACAGAAAGAUGCUGAAAUAUUUUAUCUUCGCAUGAUUGAGAAACAGGCAUUAGAGAAAAAUAUCGGUGAAGAAGACAGAGCUAAAACAUGUUCAAGGUACAAAGAGCUAGGACAGAAAUAUGGUUAUGAAUAUCCUGAGAAGCAUUCCCUCCAAGGUAAUUUAAAAGACGGCGAUAUUCCAGAAGAAAUGAUCAGAAACAAGAAAUUAUUUCCAGAUAUGAACCGAAAUGAUGGAAGCAAACUGGUUAUCGGUGAUCGUAUUGAAAGUGAGAAUUAUUUUGGGACGAUAAAAUUUAUAGGAGAAGUCGACACAAUGGAAGGUAUUUGGUUUGGCAUUGAUUGGGAUGAAAUUCAUCGGGGAAAACAUGACGGUAGCUAUAAAGGUAGGCGUUAUUUUCAAGCAGGCCAUCCUAAAUCUGGUUCCUUUAUUAACCCACUUAACAUUAACCUCGGACAAUCUUUUCCUGAUGCUUACAUCUGUAAAGCUAAAGAUGUUUUAAAUGUGCCUUCAAGAGUUCUGAUUCUCAAUAAUUUUGCAGUUUAUGGUCUUGGUUCCCAGAAAGUAACCAGUCAUUUUUUGGUGACUGCCUCAAAAUUAACUGAGCUAGAUCUUUCUAAAAAUCUGUUGAAGAGUUGGACUCAAGUUGUGGAAAUUGCUAACAUUAUUCCUAAUCUAAUUACAUUAAAUUUAAGUAGUAACCGUUUAAUAAUUCCUGAAAAUGUAGAAAUGUUUGCAAAAUCUUUUGCAAAUGUUGAAGAACUUAUUCUGAACAGAAUGAACUAUGACUGGGCUAACAUUUUAUCUGUUACAUCGAUGUUUCCAUCCCUUCAACGUUUGUACGUGAGUUUCAAUAAUUUGGAAACAUUUAUUAAUUCCACAGGAAAAUUGACAAAGCUAAAAUUUCUCUCAUUGUCAAACAAUUGUAUUAGUGACGCGAAUGAACUUUUAAAACUUGGGCAACUUCCUCAGUUGAGUACACUUUAUGUAACUAACAAUCAAUUGACAUCUGUCUCUUUUAAUGACGUAUCUUUGGAAGAUGGCAAGAAAACAUCACAUUUUUGUUCUCUUGAAUGUCUAAGUUUAAACAAGAAUAACAUCAAUGACCUGUCAUCAAUCGAUGAGCUUAGCAAACUGGCCAAGCUGACUGAUCUUAUUUUAGUAAAUAACCCAUUGGGAGCUGUAUAUAAGGAUAAACUAUUUUAUAUUACCGUUGGUAAAAUUGGCAGUUUAAAAAAAUAUGAUAAAACCUUUAUUCGUGAUGAAGAAAGGAAAAACGCUGAAGUAUAUUAUCUAGAUAUGGUUGAGAGGGAGGCAUUAGAAAAAAAUAUCGGUGAAGAAGACACAGCUAAAACAUGUUCAAGGUACAAAGAACUGGUGAAGAAAUAUGGACAUGCGAGUCCCGAAUCAUUAAUAUCUAAAACAGUUCUGCUAAAAGAUAAAUUAAUUGUUGUUGAUAUCCAAACUGAAAAUAUUCCUGAUAAAGUAUUGAAGAACAAGAGAUUGUCUCCAGACAUAACCAUUCUAAAACUGAAGUCACUUGUACAAAAACUCUUUGGAACUGAAGAAAUAACAAACCUUAAACUAUCUUAUAUCAGUAGAGAAAAUCCUGAAGUAAAAGUUGAAUUAGAUGAUGAUUUGAAGCCACUGUCUCAUUACAGUAUAGAAAAUGGUGACAGUUUAAUUGCAAAGUGGUAAUUUUGGCUUUAAUACAUUCCUGUCUAUGAUAACUUUAAACAGGCAGUUAUUCUGCUUUCGUAAAAUUGAGGAAAUAAUAAUAUUAAUUAUAAUAAUAAUAAUUGUAAAAAUAAUAAUAACAAGAGCACUCAGAGAGCGCAAACCUCCACCAAGAUAACACCAACAUCUUGUCAACAAUUAGUCAGAGAUGAUUUUUGAAAUGAGAAUAUCUGAAAUAAACUCGUCUGCUCUCACAAGCGAGAAUACUAAAAACGAACUCGACCGCUCUCAAAAAUUAAGUAAAACAAACCUGAAAAAUAAACCAGAAUCCUUCUCUGGUACCUGAUAGAUCCCAAUGAUAGUCAUGAAAUGUGAAAGUGACUGUAGAAAAUUUAGUAACAGUAAUAAGUAGUUUAUCCUUAUUUAAUACAAGCAAAGUUCAAUUCAUUAUUCAAAAUAGUUACGGCCUAAAGGGAGAUAAUUGAGAAGGACUUGAAAAUUAACAUAAUAUAACAAAUAAUCCAGACUCCUUGUCCGGUACCCAAAAUCUAAUUAGUUCAUGCCAGUGACAAGGCCAAACAUUCCUGAAAGUUUCAUCCAAAUCCAUCCAGCGGUUCUUGAGAUAUCUUGAACACGGACAAACAAACAAAUAUGACUGAGAACAAUACCUCUGCCUUCGUUAAGGCAGAGGUGAUAAUUUUUUUUUCAAAAUUUUGGUACAAGGUCAGCAAUAAUGUAAAGAGUUGCAAGAAAUGCCGCUAAGCAAUUUGUCCGAUGCUUUAACAAUUUUGCUAGCAUGGUGUCACACAAAUGGCACAUAGAAGCAUCCAUUACACUCUGAGAGUAGUUGGCAUUAGGAAGAGCAUCCAGCUGUAGAAACCAUGCCAAAUCAGUCUGGAGUCUGGUGCAGCCUUCCAGCUUCCCAGCCCUGGUUAAACCGUUGAACCCAUGCUAGUAUGGACAUUCGACGUUAAUGAUAAUAAUAAUCAAAAUAAUAAUAAUAAUUAAGGCAUUGAGCUGGCAGAAUUAUUAACAUGCUGGACAGAAAUGCUCAGCAGCAUUUCAUCUGUCUGUAUGUCCUGACUUCAAAUUCCACUGAGAUCAAAUUUACUAUCCGUCCUUGCUGGCCUUGUGACAAAAUUUGAAACUACCUCCAAUAAUAAUAACAAUAACACUAAUAAUUAAUACUGUUUUAUUCACUGAACUUAUAUCAAAAUUUUGUGUGAAAUUUCAUAAUAUAUUUUCUUUCUUGCUUUCUUAUUAUUUAAUUGGUUUGGGACAAACAUAAUUUAGCUAUUUAAUAUUAAAAAAAUCUUGAUAUAUGUUUCAUAUAAACUUCAUAUCAUUUGCUCAUAUAUUUUGAUAAUAAAGAAAUAUUUUUUUACAUGCUCCAAAUUCAUUUUUGAAUAGAAACUUUGUUCUGCCCACCUGUUUAGUAUUGCAUUUGAAUUUAACCAUGACACCUGAAAACCAGUCAAAGAAAGAAACAGGACACUUUUGAUAGCAGAUGUCUCCAGAAAAUACUGGACAUCAAAUGGAACAACUUUAUCGGCAGUAAGGAGGUCAAAAGAAGAACAGACCAAUGCCCAGCAGACAUCAUCAUCCGCAAAUGCUGAAUGAAUUGGCUGCAACACGUUGGACUCUUGAUGAACAAAUUCAUCAAUCAAGUCCUUAAGUGGAAGCCUCAAGGCAACAGCACAGAGGACAUCUCAAGAUGGACUGGCACCAGAUGGUUGGUAGGGACCUGGUAAAUCUAGGACGAAAUGAUGUACUGAGAGCAUGCUGCUGACUGGAUCUUGUUGGAGUGUUUUCACUGCCUCAUGUAUUACCCAUUGUGGAAGCAUUUAAAUAAAGUCAUCUAACUACACAUCUAGAAAACAACUAAUUAAAUUUUAUAAUUUUUUUGAAUUCUUUAUAAUAGGGUUGUUAUAAGAUUACAAACUGAAAAAUUAAUUAGAUAUGCUAUCAGCAUGAAAAAAAUAGUAGUUAACUUUGGUGUUAACAUACUUAAUGCUGGAAGAUUAAAAAAACCUAACCAGAAAUAAGUUAAGUGGUAAUGAAACAAAGAUUAAUAGGAACUGAAUAUUAAAACUUGAAGUACUUUUAUCAAUAUGGAAGACAACUCCUGAUACGUUUUGGUAUCAUUAUGACCUCCUCAGCAAAGUGCAGGAUACGCUCUGUGUUAUUAUAUCUACAUGUGUACAUCUCUUUCUCUCUCUCUCUCUCUCUCUCUCUAUAUAUAUAUAUAUAUAUAUAUAUAUAUAUAUAUAUAUAUAUA